AUGGAACCUAUGGAAGCUUUAGAAAAAUUAAUAGAAGAACUUCAAAUCUUUUUAAAUAAGAAUGUUGUUGAAGAUAUCCGAAAGUAUUUUAAAUAUUUCAAUGAAAUACAACCUGCGACCUUUGAAAGUUAUCAAGAAAUCGUUAAUUAUGAGAUUAGUUUCCAUAAUGUAGCAAAUAAUUUAAUCAAUGAAGGACUAGUAAAGUUUCAGGAGUCUGGGAAUUCAAAAAUUAAAGAUGAUAACCGGCAAUACUUUUCUUCCUUGAAUUCUUUAAAAUUAUUAGCUAGUAAAAUGGCUUAUUCAAAAAGAAUAGAUUUUAUACGGGAUGUGUUGGAUUCAUCUCACAAAGAUUCAUCUCACAAAAAAGAAUUGUUAUUUAGUAAUAUCAUGUUUACAGAAGAAGAAAUUAAUAAACGUUACAGAAAACUUGCUUUAUAUUUUCAUCCCGAUAAGACGGGUCAACCUAAUACCCCGUAUUACCUUCAAAGCGAGCAUAAGAAAUUAGGUGAUAGACUAUUUAGAUUUGGUCUAAAUUUUAAAGAGAGCUUGUUGGACGAAUUGAAAAAUACCUUAAAAAAUGAAGGUUGGGCUCUGCAUGAAAAAUUUGCAAACCAUCUUUGGAAAAUUACGAUUGAUUACCGUAAUGCAGCUAAAGGACAAUUGAAUAACCUAAAACUGUUAAAUAAAGAUGAUAUCAAAGAAUUAACUUCUGAAGGACUAAAGCGUCAUAGCGUGAAUUAUGGAUUAUUAGCCUAUAAGGAAUACCGAGCAGCUUGUAAAAUUGUUGAUAAAGCUAAACAACUAAAAGACCAAGUAAGAUUACGGGGAAAUAUGGCAUUAUGCUUAUAUGUAUCCAACAGAAUUUUAGAAGCUCAGUUAUUUGCUUUGUCGGCAAUUAAUUUACAUUUAAAAAAUUCUAAUCUGGUCACGCAUGAACUGAACGAGGCAAAAAAAAUAUUUGAUAAAGUUAGAGGUAGGAAUGUGACGGAUGAAACCAAUAAGCCAGCCACGGAGAUUAAACUUAAAGAUAACUUUGAUAACAAAGCUUUAGUGAAAUUAGAUCGAGAGAUUUCCUUUUUUGAAAAAAAGUCUCAACAACGGUCAAUUGACGAUGAUAUGAAAAAAAUAAUUACAGAUUUAAUGUUCAAUGCAGACCGCAGUUUGGUUCGCUAUGAAAUACCUGAAGAAGAGAUCUUGCAAGUCAAAGAGCAUGCUAAACAGUUUAAAAUAAUUGGAGGAAUGACUAUGGUGGUCGGAGGGGGUUUAGUAUCAACUGUAACUAUGGCUGCUAUCGAAGAAUUUGGUUUAGCAAUUGCUUUAGGAUUUUUGGGCCCAAUUGGAUUAAUAUUUGGAAUAACUACCGUUGGUUUAGGGUUAUGGGGCGGUUAUAAAUUAUUGAAUAAAGGCGCUGAAAUGACAGAAGUUCCAGUAAUUCUUGAAAAGCUUAAUGAUAUCAUGAGGGAGGCACUGAAAGCUCAUGAUGAAGGAGACCAUCAGAAAUUUAUCGACGUUCUUUCUAAGGAAUAUAAAAAAGAUACCAGUUUAAUUUACUUAAAGGAUCAUGCAGAUUUUAUUAAUCCUAAUAAAAUAGUAGAAAUACUUUUAAGCUAUAGAUUUAGACCGGAUGGUGUUGCCUAUUUAUUAACUUUGUUAGGAGAGGUCUUGAGUAUUGGGAAAAUAAAAAUUUAUGGAAAAACAACAAAUGAUCUAAAGAUGUUUGCAAAGAUAGUUUAUACUGGUGUGAAGGAUCCAAAGCUUUAUGAGGAGGCUAAAAAGCUAGAUGACCGUAUUCGUGAAAUAAAAGAAAAUAUCAAGUUUAAAAAUCUUUACAAUAAAAUUAUCGAUUUUAUUUUUCUUAAAACAGAGUAUAGCAAUAUAGCUCAAGUACACUUAGAUGACGCAGAAGAAAUGCCCUUUCAAUCAAGGCUGGAAGAAGUGCAGAAUAUUGCAAGAAUUAACCUUGCAAUUUUUGAUAUAAUAGAUGGUGGUAAGGAAGAAUUUGAACGAGCUAUCGAAACUAUUAAGACAAUUCGAGAUAAGUGUCGUCGUAUUUCUGAAUUGCGCUUAGAAAUUUUGGAAGAUUUCUUGUGGGUCAUUUGUGGUGAAGAAAUACCUCAGGAAUCGUACCCGCAGAACCAAUUUGAUAACAAAUCUUUACUGGCUUAA